AUGUUUCGACGUGCAAUCAACGUAUCAGGCCCGACACGCUGCCUGGCGUUGAUGGGAUAUGCCACGCUGCCUGACCUCGUAAAACCAAAGGGAGCCCCGGCCGAGUUGCCCAAAUUGGAGUUUAACUGGAAGGAAGGCUGUGCCCCCGUAUUCAGCCCGCGGCAGAUGGAACUGCACUACACGAAGCACCACAAGGCUUAUGUUGACAAAUUAAAUGCACUGGCCGGGACGACGUACGAUGGCAAGACCAUCGAGGAGAUUCUCCUCGCGGUGGCAAGUGACGCCGCCAACAAGGUGCUCUUUAACCAGGCCGCACAACAUUUUAACCACACCUUUUACUUCCGCUGCAUCACACCGAAUGGAAAGCCGAUGCCAAAGCCUCUCGAGUCUGCCAUCGCGGCGCAGUUUGGCUCUGUAGAGCAGUUUAAGGACACCUUUGCGCAGGCGGGGGUCAACAACUUCGGUUCGGGGUGGACGUGGCUCUGCGUGGACCCGGCAAACAAGAACCAGCUCGUUAUCCAUAACACAAGUAACGCCGGGUGCCCCCUGACGAGCGGACUGCGCCCCAUCUUCGCCGUGGAUGUCUGGGAGCAUGCGUACUACAAGGACUUUGAGAACCGCCGGCCGGAAUACCUGAAGGAGAUCUGGUCAGUCGUUGACUGGGAGUUUGUGGCAAAGAUGUACGCGCAAGCACGCGGGUGA